AUGGGUAAAAAGAAAAACAACAUGGCGAACCGCGGAGUUGCCAGUGCCUUGGCCACCGCCAAUCUACCACUCAUCAAUCUCACCAAUCUCACCAAGGACACGGAACCUGCCGCAACACCAGUGGCUCGGAGUGACUCUGAAGGAAAAUCCUCCUCGGGCAGUCUUAAGCGGCCCGGUCCUCAUGAUGAUGAUGCUGACGACGAUGACGGUUGGCAGACCAUUGAGCGCGGCCGGCCAGUUAAAAAACACAAGAAGAUUCCCACUCCCAACUCAGCUCGAUAUCCUGCCCUGCAUUUCUCAGAGAAGUCAAGACUGCAGUCCAAGGUCAACCUUUCAGCUUUCCGCGAUCUAAUCCUGUAUCUUUUCGCCGAUGGUCCCGCGCCACAAUGGAUCUCCGUCUCACAGCGCCCAGAGUUCAGAAAGGUUGUUGCCAUCAUGGUGCCUGGUCUGGAGGAGGCCAUGUUCGAGCCCGGUGUCGACUAUUCUAAGUAUCAGACGCCCACGCUGGAUCAAGCGAUCAAGCAGAUUGGCGAUGGUUCUUCUCCAGAUCACUACUACCCUCGGCCUCUCAGCAAAGAGGCCUUGCCAACCUCGUUGCAACCGUUUGCAGACAUGUUCCCGCACCUCUGGCCUGUCAAGGCACCCGGGGACGACAAGUAUGGCAGAUUACACUCGCCUUUGACCACGAUGCUCACUGCUCCUCUGAAUAAGAACAAAGACAAGAGCAAAGACAAGGCCGGGCCAGACUCUCACAGAGAUAUCAGAACUAGAAUCACCGAGUUCCUCGCCACUCCAGAAGAACUGAUGGACAACGGAUUUCCAGUGCACCCAGCCUUGCUGCCAGAAGGCGAGCGCAGGGACUCUUUUAAGAAUCCAGAAGGGUGGGCACACACCAGGGUCAGCAAGCUUGAAGAUGGAGAUGUUCCCGAGAGCGAAAUCCAGCAAGGGAGCAUCACAGCUGGGCGAGAGGUCCUUGCCAUCGACUGCGAGAUGUGUUUGACCGGGCCUGGCGAGCUUGCUCUCACGAGAGUGAGCUUGGUUUCUUGGGAUGGCGAAACAGUUCUUGACGAGUUGGUCAAGCCUGAGAAGCCCAUCACCGAUUAUGUCACCCAAUACUCAGGAAUCACCAAAGAGAUGCUCGAUCCUGUCACAACAACCCUUAGCGAUAUCCAGGCUAAACUGCUUGAUCUUUUACAUCCCCGCACAAUCCUCUUGGGUCACUCACUUGAUUCGGAUCUCAAAGCUCUCCAACUCGCCCAUCCCUUCAUCGUGGACACGUCGAUGCUCUUCCCCCACGCUCGCGGCCCACCGCUCAAAAACUCACUCAAGUACCUUGCCCAACGCCACCUGAGCCGUGAAGUCCAGAAAGGCGGUGGCACCAUCAACGGGCAUGACAGUGUGGAAGACGCCAAAACCUGUUUAGACCUCGUCAAGAAGAAGUGUGAGAAAGGAAAGGCCUGGGCUACCGGUGACUCCCAAGGUGAGAAUUUGUUCAGACGCCUCGCCCGCUCUGGAACAGCCUACCGCGCCACAGCCGGGCCCGAGGCAACUGGCGGUCUCCCUGUGGGGAAAACGAGUGCAGCUGUUGAAUGGGGCGAUGUGUCCAGAAGUGCUUGCAACGCUGCGACGGUUGCCAUAUCCUGCAAGACGGACGCCGAGGUUGAAGCGGGCGUGAUUCGCGCAGUCAAGGGCGACCCGGAUGGAUUGGAGGUUCCAGGAGGCGGUGUUGACUUUGUCUGGGCGAGGUUGAGAGAGUUGGAGUUUGUUCAGGGGUGGGCCAACAGACACAAGCCGAACACUCCUCCUGUUGCUACGGUUGCAGAGGAGACGCCCGAGGUUCAAGACGUGAAUGGCGAUGCUGAGAAAGAGGCAGUUUCUCCUCUGCAGGAGUGCCUAUCUACGCUUGCGCAGCGACUCCAGAGGAUCCACGCUGCGUUGCCCCCUUGUACACUGUUGAUGGUGUUGAGCGGGACGGGCGACCCGAGGGAGAUGAGCAGACUGCAGGCUAUGCAUUCCCAGUUCAAGAAGGAGUAUAACACUCCUGGGACGAAGUGGGAUCAGCUCAGUGUGAAGUGGACGACGGACGAGGAGGACGCGUUGAGGAAGGCAGUCAAGGUGGCGAGGGCCGGUGUUGGAUUCCUAAGCGUCAAAUGA